ACAACCGGAAGCACUCGGUUGACCCACGGUUGCAUUGUGGGUAGGCGGAAAAAGGGCUCAAAAAGGUACGCGAAAGCGACAAGUGCACGUUGCGGAGUAGCUCAAGAAGAAAUAAAUUAACAGAAAACUGCUUUCAGCAACGGGGUGAGGAAGAGUAUUGAAACAUGUCAAUCGGGGUACCAAUCAAAGUCCUGCAUGAAGCAGAGGGACACAUUGUGACCUGUGAGACCAACACUGGAGAGGUGUACAGGGGCAAGCUGAUCGAAGCAGAGGAUAACAUGAACUGCCAGAUGUCCAAUAUCACAGUGACCUAUCGUGAUGGCCGGGUUGCACAGUUGGAGCAAGUCUACAUUCGUGGCAGCAAGAUUCGCUUCCUGAUAUUACCGGACAUGUUAAAAAAUGCCCCUAUGUUAAAGAGUAUGAAGAACAAGAACCAGGGAUCUGGUGCAGGACGGGGCAAGGCAGCCAUUCUUAAAGCCCAAGUGGCAGCAAGAGGUCGAGGACGUGGUGGAAUUGGAAGAGGCAACAUCUUCCAGAAGAGGCGAUAAUUUUCUGUUCUUGUUUUAUAAUUGUCAUCUUUGGAUUAAAGUAACUUGAGUAUUCUUUGCAGUUUUGUGCUUUGCUUUUCAUUUUGUUCUUUGGAUUUUUUUUUUUUUUAAACUAAAAUAAACAGUUUCAUGUUUAUAUUUUUUCUCUGCUUGUUAUUCAGUUACCAUUUCACAUGGCUUGACUGCAUAAUUUUAAAUGGAUGAAAAGAAAUAAGUGGACUGGUGUAGUACUGAUUUAAAGCCAUUAAAUGUAGGUAAGUAUUCAAUAGUACAUCGUGGUUUGUCUGUUUGUUCUUUUGCCAUUUAAACUUUCAAAACGGAUACAACUGUGGCUGUUUUGGGGAUCAGUCAAUGUUGACAUUGAUGUGUAUCUUUCAUUUGUUUUAGAAAAU